AUGGAAUUCUUACCGAUUCUGGUUCUUGUGCUGGUUCAGUUUGGCUAUAAGGCAGUCGCAGGAAGAGUCAGAAGCGUCAGAGAAUUUGAGCCAAUAAACUAUGACUACACCAAGUACCAUCCGCUGCCCGAGAUCAUGGCAUGGAUGAAGCAGAUGGUCACUGAAAACCCAGGUGUGGUCUCCAGUGAGGUCUACGGAACAUCUUAUGAGGAUCGAGACAUUGCACUCCUCAAGAUUGGGUUGAAAGGUGAAAACAAGAAGGCUAUCUGGAUGGACUGUGGUAUCCACGCUAGAGAAUGGAUCGCGCCAGCGUUCUGUCAGUACUUUAUCAAAGAGGUUCUCCGCACCUACAAAACAGACACAAAGGUGGAACAGAUGCUUAAAAACCUGGACCUCUAUGUCACCCCGGUGCUAAAUGUGGAUGGCUACACAUACACCUGGACAAAUGCUACUGCCGAGGCUCGUAUGUGGAGGAAAAACAGAUCACCUGGGAUUGAAGGUUGCAACUGCACAGGCGUCGACCUCAACCGCAAUUAUCAUGCUGUAUCAUGGGGGACCACUGGCGUGUCCUCAGACUGUACCAGUGAAGUCUACCCUGGUCCCAACGCCACAUCGGAGGCUGAGACCAGGGCUGUGGUGGACUACGUGCAGGCCAGGAGCAAAGACAUCAUCUGCUUCCUGACCAUGCACUCCUAUAGCCAGCUGAUCCUCUUCCCCUAUGGCAAUAUCAACAUCAAGGCCCAAAACCAUGAUGAACUGACAGAGAUUGCGAAUGCUGCAGCCACAGCCAUCAGGGCCGUUCAUGGAAUGGACUAUGAGGUGGGGACCCAGGCGAAAGUAGUAUACCCUACGUCGGGCACCUCCAUGGACUGGGCUCAUCUCAUGGGCAUCCCUUACUGUUUCACCUUCGAGCUGAGACCAGACCCAGACAGCGAGCACCACUUCCUGCUGCCCGAGAACGAGAUCCAGCCGGCUUGUGAGGAGGCCUACGAGGGAGUGCGCUCAAUCCUGACCUACGUGCACGACAAGACCUUCUACAAUGCAGCUGUCAGUUUGACAGCCAACAUAUGGACAACACUUCUAGCCAUGUGGCUCGCUCACUAGUACAGCACUGUUGUAGAGACACUGCAUUGGCUGACCAAGCUUGUGGUUGGCUCUUACAUAGUUUUUUGUUUAUAAACAUUAUGUUGUGAGUAGGGGCAAGGCACUGGUAGCCAACCACUUGAGCUCAUUUUUUAACCAACAGCAGUUUACAACAUUCAGGGGUUAAAAAGUGCACAGCCAGGAAUUGUUUACAAAUGGGAAACCCAUGUAUACAUACCUUCUCAGUGUUUGUAAGCUUUUGAAUGAGCACGCAGCCAGGGAUUCCAAAAUGCUAGGCGGCGGUGGAGUGAAACAAUAUAACUUCAUUUACAAAGCAUAUGAAUCAAUUCUGAUGUACUCACGUUAAGAUAUGUUAUCCCAGAAUGGAGUCGGUAGGAGUACAGAAACCACGCAAACCGCUACAACAUCCAGCCGUUUAGAAAAAAACACACCACACAAGUCCAAUGCAACUUCCAAUGUUAAACACCUAGCCACUUAGCAUUUUGGAAUCCCUGGCUGUGUGUGCAUUUGGGUAGAAUCAAAACACACGAACCAAUGUAUAGCUGUACAGAGACAAAAACAAAUGUAGACCUACUUGUACAUUUGGGAAAAGAAUAGAGAAUAGCAGCGUUCCUCUUUGCUCUUUCAUGUACGUAUGUAGCCGCACA